AUGGCGGCCAACUACCACCACUACCAGAUGGCGGUACACGCGGCGGCGGCGGCGGCAGCGUGGAGGGAGCCGGACAGCCCGCAGCUGAGCUUCAUGAGCGGGUGCAGCUCCCUCUUCUCCAUCUCCACGCUGCAGGACGACGACGACGACAGAGCCGCCGCCGCCGUCGUCAUCGCCGGCCACGCGCUGCCCUCCACGCCCGUCUCGCUCGCUGGGUUCGCCGCCGGCGACGACGUCGACAUGGAGGUGCAGCAGGCCAGCGGCGACGACCGGAGGAGCAUCAGGAUGAUGAGGAACCGCGAGUCCGCGCUCCGCUCCAGGGCCAGGAAGAGGGCAUAUGUGGAGAAUCUAGAGAAAGAGGUUCGCCGGCUGGUGGAUGAGAACUUGAAGCUCAAGAAGCAGUGCAAAGAGCUGAAACGGGAAGUAGCGGCACUGGUCCUCCCAACCAAGAGCUCACUUCGAAGAACCUCAUCCACCCAAUUCUGA